CGCACGUCUUGCCACCACCCAUGACGACGUUUCUCUACGAGCUACCCACUACGGGUGCAAUAUUCUUUGCAGGAGUAUGCGACGACAAGACAGGUUCGUAUACUACUGAGAUCGCGGAAGCCACCGAGGCUCGUGCCAACCUGAGAGCCGCGCUCAAGGAGAGUAAGCGGGCGGACGAUGGAGGUAAGGACUACUUGAAGCUGGUCAAGGUCCUGGAUGACUAUCUGCCUCAGCUGUAUGGCAUCGUGAUUUGCGUACAGGAAGGCGAACUCGUACUCAAGACUGAGCCGAUUUUCAGCUGGCGGACGACACUCUCGUCGUCCCUCUUCCACAACUCGCCACGCCUCUCCAUCCCGACAUUAUCCACCGAGGUCAUCUUCACCCUCUUGACCUACGCGUUCGCCCUCUCCAACCUGUCCCGCACCGUCGUGCACUCGCUCGGUGCGUAUGAGCGGGAACGCGCGAUCUCCGAUGCCGAGCGUAAGGCAAAGGACGAGAAGCUGCAAUUCGCGGUCACAUUGCUGUGCAAAGCGUCUGGCGUCUUCGAGUAUAUCGCCAAGGACUGCAUCCAAGAGUGGGAGCGCGAGCGAGAUCGCGUCGCCGCUGCGGGAAUGACAUGUCUUCGCCCGCCUGAUCUGACGCGAGAAGUAGUAAUCGGGCUCAGCAAGAUGGCGCUGGCCGACGCGCAGACCCUCGCGAUCCGCAAGCUGCUGUCGCGGGCCGCUUUCGACAGCACAAUCACACCGGGUCCUCCCCUCCCCAAAUCACACCCCUCCCCCAUGCUCAUCUCCAAGCUGCACCUCGAAUGCGCCGCCCUCUACGCCUCCGCGCGCUCGCUCGCCAAGACGCCGGGCGACUACCGGCCCGCCUCGUCCACCAAGUCCAAGCUCAAGUCCGCGUUCUCCAAGGACCGGAGCGAGGGCGCGGUGCGCGACGAGGGCGGGGAGGAGGUCGCGCCGGAGCUGCGGCGGUACCUCGCGGAGGAGGCCGCCUUCCACGCCGCGCUCGCGCACAAGUGGCUCGGCGUCGACGCAGGCGAGAACGGAGAUACGGCGAAGGCGGGCGAGGCCGUCGCGUUCCUCGCGUGGGCGAAGAAGGAGCUGGAGGACCUCAGGGGCGGCGCGAAUGUCAUGAGCUCGGAUAGGGAGAAGGAUAUGCGUGAGCGGAGAAAGGAGAAGGUCGUGCAGGAGCUCGAGAGUGUGAGUGUGUUUCUGAAGGGAUACAAAAAUAUGAACGAUACGGUGGCCUUCCAGCCAGUCCCUCCACAGUCGGACCUGCAGGCUUCGAUCCCGGCGGGACGGCUUGCUGUGACUGUCAAGCCCUUCGCCAAACCUACUCCCGCCUUCGGUCCGGGCUCUGUCGCCUACAUCAGGCGGCAGACAGAGGAGCUCGAGCUGGCCACCCGAGCUGUUGGGGAGGAACCUGCCACUUCCGAGCCAGCAGACAUAACGAGUCCACAGUCGGGCCGAAGCUAUGCGGGAGAAGGCUCUUAUUUCUAGGCUGCUGGGUUGUAUGACAAAGCGAAUACUAUGUAGCGUUAGCGAUUCUGGAUUGGCGGCGAUGUGUAAUGAGUAGGUCCAUGUGUAUCAAUGUGUAGCAUACGCGAGGAGGAUUGGUCUAACUUGUGCUCGACUUGUGCUCACGCCUUAUCGCGUGCCGAUGAAUACUGAUUGCAAUGGCACAGGGAAAAGCAUGGAUCGAUACAAGUACAUUGUGGCACAUGGGUGUCAUAUGCCGCCAUAUCUCCACGCACCUCGACAUGGCAUGGCAUGGGUUGUUCACGCUUCUGCGAGGAACUUCGCUAUCUGCUCAUCGAGGAACCUGGUGUCCUUGUCAUUCGAGCCUCCUCCAGCUGAAGAGAGCUCCCGUCAGCUCAAUCCGAUAGGUAGGUCAAAGUACACACCCAUAUGACCCCAUACCGAGUCG